GCCAGAAGAGUGGCCGGCGGCUGGCGCGUGGGCGCGGCAAGAUGAAAAAGGUGGUUUCCAAGCAGUCUCCGCCCAAGUUGUUCGAAAAGAAGCGGGCGAAGGUACCUGAACAGCCCACACCCCCCAUUCAGGAAGAACCUGAACCUGCUAGCAAUGUCCUACAAGGAGAUGACAUUCUUGCCUUAGCCAUUAAGAAGGAAGACUUGAGGAAGCAACAUAUGCCUCGCCUUACUGAAACAGAAGAUAAACCUGCAAUUACCCAGAAACUUAUCAUCCGUAAACUCAAACCCAAGGAUCAUAGGAAGAAGGUCUGCCACUUAGUAGCACACCCUGCUACUCCAGAUGCAGCCAUGAAGCCCCUGGACUAUUCUGGGCCAGGUGACAUCCUCCACGGCAGUGACCAGAUCCUGCCCCACCACAUCCUGGGGAGUCUCCAGGACUUGAAGAGAAUUGCAGUUGCUCGAGGGAACACCCAGCUGGCUGAGCGGAUCCACACCCCACCCUGUCUGAUGACCCUCAUCUCAGCUAAAGAAGAGGCGAAGCAGGAAGCCCCAGAAGAAGAGAAGGCACAUCCGCCCUGGGCCCCACCUCUUCAGCACAACUUUCUGAAAAACUGGCAGCGCAACAUAGCCCUUCGGAAGAAGCAGCAGGAAACCCUCAGUGAACGGCUGAAGAAGCCAGUCGGCGAGCUGCUGAUGCACACAGGGGAGACCUACAGAAAGAUCCAGGAGGAACGGGAGCUCCUUGACCGAACACUGCCUGAUGGGAAGGGCUGUGAACUGACCAGUGGGUUCUGGAGUCAACCAGAAUAUUUGGGAGAUGAAAUGAUGGGUCUGGUAAUGACGAAGACAAAAACUCAGCGUGGCCUCGUGGAACCAAUCCCUCACGUCAGGAAGCCCCGCUCCAUCCAGGUGGAGAUGGGAUUGCCAGCCCAGAAGGAUGCUUGGUACCGCUACACCUGGGAUCGGAGUCUGUUUCUGAACUACCGACGCAAGGAACUACAGAGCGUCAUGGCAGAGCUGGAUUUUAGCCAGCAGGAUAUUGAUGGCCUGGAGGUGGUGGGCAAAGGGCGGCCUUUCUCCACUGUUAUGGUGGAAGACUGUUCAGUGUUUGAAAGGAGCCAGGAAAGCUCCUCUGAAGACACAGUGCACUUAGACUUAUUGGCCAGUGACCCUGAUGUGGUCCCUAUGCCUAUUCUUGGCCCUUCUCUGCUGUUCUGUGGGAAGCCAGCUUGCUGGAUCCGAGGCAGUAACCCAGAGGACAAGAGGCACGUUGGGAUUGCUGUCCGCUUGACCUUUGAAACUCUAGAAGGGGAGAAAGCAUCUUCAGAACUGACCGUGGUCAAUAAUGGCACAGUGGCCAUUUGGUAUGACUGGCGACGGAGGUCCCAGCUGGACCCUUUCCAAGACCUGAAGAGGAAUAGGAUGCAGCGGUUUUACUUCAAUAAUCGGGAAGGUGUGAUCCUGCCUGGAGAAACUAGAAACUUUACCUUCCUCUUUAAGUCUUUGAAUGCUGGGAUCUUCAGGGAGUGUUGGGAGUUUGGAACCCACCCCACCCUAUUAGGAGGUGCUCUCCUGCAGGUCAAUCUCCAUGCAGUCUCCCUGACCCAGGACGUUUUUAGGGAUGAGAGGACGUUAUUGGAGAACAAGCUGGCUUCCCACGAAGCAGUCACCAUCGUGGAGAGCACGCUGCAGGAGCUGCUGAGGGGGAUCCUGACCCCGGAGCGUGCACAGUCACCUGUGGACGCCUAUCUCACCGAGGAGGACUUGUUCCACCAUAGGAAUCCUCGGCUGCAUUACCAGCACCAAGUGGUGCAAAACCUGCACAGACUGUGGUGCCAGCACACCAUCCUGCCCCCUAAGGCUGAGGAGGCCAGGCCGGGCGAGGAGGAGCACCUCAGUCCCAGGGCCCAGGUUGCUGCGGCCCCGUCAGCCUAUUGGGAGGAGGCCUCGAUGAAGGUCAAGUCUUCUGUGCACCUUAAGAGCCCAGCGUUGGACCCCCAACCGCCCCGGCAGGAGAGUGAGGCCCUCAGGGACUCCCGAGAUCCCGUUGGGUCCCAGAAGACUGGUCUGGGCUCUCAGCGGAAGAGCAUCAUGGAGGAGAUCCUGGUGGAGGGGAGCCCAGACCUGCAGAGUGUCCGGAGCUCCCGGGAGCUGGACAGCCUUCCCCCACCAGAGUGGAGCCUCUGCCUGGAGGACUUCAGAAAGGUAGUGAUGGCACUCCCCAAGGAGAGCCAGAGAGAAGACGCCCUAAUCAGGCUCAACAAAGCGGCCCUGGAGCUGCGUCAGGAACCGCGGCCGUUGCAGUCCGACUUCCUGCACCAGAUGUGUUUGCAACUCUGGCGAGAUGUGAUCGACAGCCUGGUAAGCCGUUCCCUGUGGCUGAGGGCUCUGCUGGGCCUGCCUGAGAAGGAGAGCAUCUACUUGCACGUGCCGGAAAAGCCAGAUCGAAAGUCACCUCAUGUCACAGAAGUGAAGGUGACUUCCGGGCGAGUGGGGAAGGAGGACUGGAAAGGGCCAUCUCAAAAAAAGAAGCCGUUGGGAAUCAAAAACAAAGAUGAUAAAAAAGGAGCCAAGCUGCCACCUGGGAAAGAGGACCGUUUCGACAGCAAGAAGCACAAAGCAAAGGAUGACAAGAAACCGAUGAAAUCUACAAGUCGGCACAGGCUUUCCUUGGAAGACCCUGCCCCCGACAGCAUCAUCCCGUCUCACGAACCCAUAGAUCCCCUGGUCAUGGAGAAAUACACCCAGACGCUGCAUACUGAGGUCUAUGGGCUGCUGGAUGCCCUGGUGACUGACCUACUGGUCCUGGCUGAUGAGCUCAGCCCCAAAGAGACCGUCAAGGAGCCUUUGCGUCUCUGCACCUGACUUGCAUGCCUGAGCUGCCUUCUGCGAAACUGC